AUGAGUGAUAUUUUGUCAGAGGCACCGCUGUUAGAGGUGCUGUACUUCCUUGCACAAAGGCACCAGUAUCGUCGAAUGCAACGGCUUUGCAUGCGAGAACUCACCGUGAGGUUCAGUGGAAAGCUUCUCUUUUGGCACUCUUUCGCUUUGGCGGAAGAAGGGAGCAUUGCAGAAGCGGAGCAAAAAUUCCAAAGUCUCCUCAACAACAAGAAAGUCGCCUUCCCAGCUGCGUCAGCUCUUCAUCAUUAUAGCAUACGGCCGGCAUGUGAUGAAUCCAGAGACUCAAGGGUGGAUGAAUUAAGAAACAGGGUACUUGCGGAGAAAGUUACUGCCAAUGAUGACGCACUCCUCCUUGCCGCGCGCUUCUUUCUGUUGGUGGGGGAGCUAGAGGCAGCUUCGUCCCUUCUCACCGCGCAGGAUACUCUACAGGAGGCGCUCCAACACUACCCAUGGUUCUGGCCGGCCUCAGUGUACAAGAGUGAACUUCUGAUGUUACUUGGCCGGUGGGACGAGGCAGCUGAGUGCGCCAGAAAUGUGCUCCAAGUCGAAGAAGAUGACCUAGACAGCCAUACAGUUCUGAUUCUCCAAGCUGUCGCCCAGAAGGGGGAUCUAGACCAGGGUGUUCUGAAAGUUCGAACAUUCUUCAAGAUGCUGGCUGUACAGGAAACAGGGCUUCUGUUGCCAUAUCACAACUUGCUCCUCAGCAUGAGAAAAGUUCGCGCAGGUGUGAAAGUCGAUGUGGCUGAUGAGACGACCUUCCUGAAUCUGCAAGAGGCUGUGGCGUACGUCGACGAGACAGUUUCGUGCACGGUCCGUGAUUUCCGAUCAACCUUAGGGAUGAACUUUUUCAUGGCUUUCCGAGCGAACCUUCUCUUCGAUGCGGCCAGCACGUACGUGGACUUGGCAUGCUACGGAUCACUGAUGAAAACUCUCAAGCCAGCGAUAGGGAGUAUCGUUGUGGAGCUUUGCACGGGCUUCCUGACAUCGACCACACCGUCGAAAGAUACCGGCUUUGUUGCGGAUGCUCUCGCUAAAGCAGCGUCAGUGCUGGCGACGCUGUGCCACUUCAUGCCCGGCCACGGAAUGGCGAAGCUUGAGGGUCAGCCAGCAGAAGGGCUGGCGCAGCUGGAGAAAGCCCUAUCGCUCGAUCCACGACUGAAGAGCUACUUGCCCUAUUACCUUGUCAAAGCCGAGCUCCAGAUGCAGAAGACAGAAUUUGAGGAUGCUGUCAGUACCCUGGAAGAGGCUCAGCCUCUUUCGAUCGUGAGAUUGAAAGCCGCCCAGAAACUGAACUGUGAACGACAGGACGCAGACCGUGCUGCAGAGAUGGCAAACCCGACCAUAGGAUCGUCUUCGCGACGUCCUGACCAAUAUCUCUUUUGUCAAGUAACUGAUCUUGAGCGAGUAGAGUUUCACUGUCUUAUGGCAGCGGCAGCUUCGAAGAGCAAUCGUGGUGAUAAAGCAGAACAAAUACUAAGUCGUGCCUUUUCUUCGUUCGCGGGUGGUCCUCUUGAAGGAAAACUUGUCCUUUGCAGUGCGGCGAUAGCUGCUGAAACAGGUGACAAUGCCAGAGCAGCCCAGCUUCUGAGCUCCGUGACUCCAUCUAAUCCGUUUUAUGUGAAGGCACAAACGAGCCUCGCUCAGAUUUUCCUGAGAGAGAAAAAGAAUAAGGCAGCAUAUGCACGCUGCUUCCGGGAUAUAGCUUCCGUUCAGCCGACAGCGGAAAACUUCACGGCCAUUGGAGAAGCCCUGCUGGAGAUCUACGAGCCCAGAGGAGCUGUCCAAGCGUUUGAACAAGCGCUACGCGCGAAGCCCGAGGACCGCAAGCUCGUCCGAUGCAUUGUUGCAGCGCUUGCAAAGACGCAUCAGUUCGAGAGAGCGACUGCCUACGCCAACAAUUCUCUUCGUGAACAACCGGACGAUCUGGAGCUUCGACUAGACUUGGUUGCUCUGCUCUUCAGGCUGAGAAGAUGGCAGGAGGCAAUCGAAACCGCUUCUCCUGUAGACGGUGAUAACAUUACGUAUGACAAAUGCUUUACGCUUGGCGCAAAGGUCCAAAUAUUGCUUCUCAAAGUCAAGGCACUGCUGUCGCAGACAUCCUCUUAUUCAGCUCGGGGAAACGAAACGGACCUAGAAGACAGGUAUGAAGGUGCAUCGGGAAUUUUACUUUAA